AUGAACGAGGGAGGCGGUCGUAGGUCGGCCCAGGGCUCUCCACGAUCCAGCAUGGACAACUCGACCACGUCGUUUGACAGCGUGCGCAGCAGCGGCUCUGACUGGCCAACGCACCCGUAUGAGCUCAACACCAUCGCCGAGCUGGACUCGCUGCCCAUCGGCACCGAGGUCAACUUCCGUGGCCGCAUUCACACGCAGCGCCAGCUUUCCAAGGCCCUCGAUUUCCUUCUCCUCCGCGACCAGACCUUCUCCAUCCAGGGUGUCCUUUCUAGAGAAAACAUGGAAAUGGUCCAGUGGGUGCAGAAGCUUCCUGCUGAAUCACUGCUUCAAAUCAACGGUGUGCUCAAGGCGCCUCCCGAGCCUGUCCGAUCCGCCACCGUCUCCCACGCCGAGGUUGAUAUCCAUGGCCUGUGGCUUGUGAACCCGGCCCAGAGCGCCCCCUUCAGCGUCUACAGACCCCCCGAGGCCAUGCGCAACCGCAUGUCAUCGCGUAUUCUUGAUCUGCGACACCCGGCUAACCAGGCCCUGUUCCGCAUCCGAUCCAUGGUCUCUCGCCAGUUCCGUGACACCCUCGAGGGCUAUGGCUUUGUAGAGAUCAACACCCCCAAGCUCCAGCCUGCUGCCACUGAGAGCGGUGCCUCCGUCUUCAAGGUCAACUACUUUGGUCGCAAGGCCUUCUUGGCCCAGAGCCCCCAGCUCGCCAAGCAAAUGUCUGUCUCUGCCGACUUUGGUCGUGUCUAUGAGAUUGGUCCUGUUUUCCGUGCCGAAAACUCAAACACUCAUCGCCAUCUUACCGAGUACACCGGUCUGGACAUUGAAAUGGCUAUUGAGCAUGACUACCACGAGGUCAUCCAGGUGCUUGAUGAGUUCCUCAAGAACGUCUUCAAGGCCGUCUACGCCAUGCCCGAGGUCGAGGUCCUCAAGCAGCGAUGGCCCAGCAGCGAGUUCAAGUACCUGGACGAGACGCUCAUUCUCGACUUCCGAGACGGUCUCCAGAUGCUCCGAGACGACGGCCGUGAGGCUCCCGAGGAGGAUCUUUCCACUUCUGACGAGAUCCGACUGGGUGAGCUUGUUAGGGAGAAGUACAACACCGAUUACUACGUGCUAGACCGCUUCCCCACAAACGCCCGCCCCUUCUAUACCCACAAAGACCCCGAAGACCCCAGGUGGACCCGAUCCUUUGACAUCUUCAUCCGCGGCCAGGAGAUUUGUUCCGGUGGUCAGCGUAUCCACGAUGCCGGAGAGCUGCGUGCCAACAUGUCUGCCGCCGGCAUUGCCGAAGAGGGCAUGGAAGAGUACUUGGCCGGCUUCGACCUCGGCGCGCCGCCCCACGCUGGAGCCGGUCUUGGUCUCGAGCGUAUCGUGACCUGGAUGCUCGAGCUCGGCGAUGUGCGAAACGCCUCGCUCUUCUACCGCGACCCCAAGUCCCUCCCCGACCGCAAGCCCGGCCUGCCCCACCCCGAGGCCGACACCACCAAGCAGUAUGCCGCACUCCAUACUCCCCCGGUCGAGAAGCUCAUUGCCAACUAUGGCGAUGCUUCCAACACCUCUUGGCUCGACGAGCGAUUCGAGAUUUGGAGACACAAGUCUGGCGCCGCCAUUGGAUAUGUCAAGCAGGAGAAGUUUGCCAUGAUCACUGGCGAUCCUCUCUGCGAUAAGUCGCAGUACACGGACGUCAUCUCGUCGUUUGUCAAGUACGUCGUGACUGAGCUCCGCCUUGUCCCCAUGUGGAUGCUUGUAUCGUACGACGUGCAGAGAAUUCUGGCACACGACAUGGGCUGGCGAACCCUCUCCUGUACCGAGGAGCAGCGUGUCGAUACCGCGAGACACCAGAGCCCGGCUGGCGGACCCAAGGCCCGCAGAGUCGAGCGCGAAGGUGUCAAGAUUCACGAAGUCAAGCCCGACGAGGACUUUAUCUCGCGCGCCGAUCCGGCCAUUGAGGCCUGGAAGGCCAACCGCAAGGGCAAGCAGGUGCACUUGACCGAGGUGCGCCCCUGGGUCGACCCGGAGCACCGCCGCUACUUUGCCGCCGAGAAGGACGGCAAGGUGCACGCCAUGGUUGUCUUGGCCAAGCUGUCGCCUCGCCACGGCUGGCAGGUCAAGUGGGCUCUGGACUUCCCCGGAGCUGUCAACGGCGCCAUCGAGGUCCUCAUUGAGCACGCGCUGUCGUGCGUCACCGGACAGGUGACGUUUGGUGUCGGUGUGUCGGAGAAGUUGACUCCUGGCGAGCACCUUCACGGCAUCCGGGCCAAGUUCCUUGCCACCACCUACCGUUCCAUUGUCGAGAGUCUUGGCCUGCGCAGAAAGGCUGGUUUCCGAUCCAAGUUUGGUGCCCUCGGUGAAGAGGUUUACAUUUGCUACCCCAAGCACGGCGUCGGCUUGAGAGAUUUGCAGCAGGUCAUCAAGUUUUUCCAGGAUUAA